ACAAACAUAAAACGUAAAACAUAAGCAAUUUUUUGCUUAAUCAUUAUUCUUCCUAUCGACCCCCACUUUGCACAUCAACUUCCGGGCAGCUAGUACUUUGUUUACACGUGCGUGUGGGAAUUAACGCAGAAUGCCGAAACAUCGAAAGAAAUUCAUUGACAAGAAAAAUGCCACUACUUACCAUCUGGUACCUAAAGCAGAGGGGGCUUCUCUUCAGUUUGAUAAAGAUGACCCCGAGGAAUUUUCUCCAGUGGUGCAUCCAGAUGACAAAGCAAAAAGAAUAGAAGAACAAAGAAAGUAUGGGGUAUACUUUGAUGAUGACUAUGAUUACAUGCAGCAUCUGAAAGACCUGUCAGAAGUACAUGAGUGGGCCCAGGUUCCUAAGGCUUCAGGGGAAACACAGAAGUCAGCUUAUGAAGAAGAGGCAGCUGCUGUGGCUAGAUCUCAUUCACCAGGCUCAGGCUUGAAGAGUGCUGUGGAUAUGGAGCUGGAUAUGGGUACAGGUUUGGCAGUAGACUGGGACCCAGAUGUUGCAGCAGCCCUUGAAGAUGAUUUCAACUUUGAUCAGGAAACUGAGCUUGAAGAUGACUUUAUCUUGAAAGCUAAUACUUCUGGAGAUGAUGAUGAAACAUUUGAUGACGGAUUUACUCUUGCACAGAUGAUGAGGGAAAGAUUACAGAGUAAGGACCCUAAUAUUAUAAGAGAUGGCAAUAAAGAAGAAACAGAAGAGCAAGCAGAAGAUGAAAGCGAGGAUACAAAUGAAACAGAUGAAGAUUUUAGUGGAUCAGAUGACAUGGAAUUUUUUGAUCCGGAAGAUUUUUCAUUUGAAGAAGGCAAGACAGCUCUUCCCCAAUACUCUCUUACAUCAUCUGUAUUGCCCAGAAAUGAACAGCUUCAGCUGUUGGAUGCAAGGUUUGAAAAGUUAUAUGAAGAGUAUGGGCCUGAAAGCAUUGGAGCCCUUGAUCAUGAAGAGCUGAAUGGUCGGCUGACAGCUAAUAGUGAUCUCAUGAAACAGGCUUUGGAAGACUUGGAAAAGUACAAAGAAGUGACAACCAUGAGGGAUAUUGUUGAUUCUGUAGAUGAAGAUACAAAAUCAAUAACAAAGCAGUGGCAUGGCGAUAGUGAAGAAGAAUAUGAGUGGAAAGAGAUUCCUUCCAACAAACCUAAGUGGGACUGCGAAUCAAUUCGAAGCUUGUACUCAACAACAUCAAAUUUGCCAACAACAGUCUACCAUGACCCGGAUAGAAUGAAAAAGAGGAAGAAGCAAGAAUCUGUUGCAGAAUCAGGUGAAGCUGAAGGGCAUCUGACUCUUCAAGAUGUGAUGAAACAAAAUUUGGAAGACAGACGUGCAGAUCGAGCAAGCACUUUUCGACCGAAGGGAGAGACACAUGAAGAGAGACAGGCACGCAAAAAGGCCGUCAAAUUUGAACAGCAGGAAAGGAGAAAGGAAAAAAAAGCAAACAGACUGGCCUUCAGAGCUGAGCAUGUUAAACAACAAAAAGAGAUGGCGGCUUUACACAGGAAUGUCAAGGCACUCAGUUUGUCUACAAAUGCGUAACGUCUUCAGCAUUUUAAAUGUUCUUUGGAAUUAUGUAUUUGAGCAGAUUCUUCAUUCUGCUGUUACUUCUGUAAAAGGGGCAAUUUUUGACAGCGUGGGGACCUUGUGAUAUGCCAGAUUCAGUUGCCCUGCCUGUUGGAAAUGGUUUGAGCUAGAUAUUAAGAACUAGAGCCACUUCAUGUGCAUUCAUGAAAAGCUGGAAGGUGUUGGACAAAACUUUAAUCUGCAGUCUUGUCAAAUUUGAGCUGAUUAUCAUAAUUGGCAGGGAAAUAAAGUCUCCAAGCAUGAGAUCUUCAUGAAUGGUAUAAUUUUUACUGAUGCAGACAUUUUAGAGAUGAGUAUCUUGAGGGAUUCAUCUUUAUUGUGUUGAUGAGAAUAUAACUGUUUGGAAAAAAUAA